AUGAAGUUAGCGUCCACCUUGUUUAAUAUAGGCUAUCCUGUCUAUGGAGCAAGGUUCUUAAAUAAUAACACAUUAUUAGUUGCCGGAGGCGGAGGAGAAGGUAAUAAUGGUAUUCCUAAUAAACUAACGGCACUGCAGAUUAAUUUCAAGAGAAAGAAAAUAGUUAAGCGGUUUAGGGAGUUAACUUUACAUGAAAAUGACGACUCUCCAACUACGUUAGAUGUUGCUCAGGAUGUUAUUCUGAUGGGAUGUAAUGAGAAUUCAGCUAAGAUCAAGUCUGGGGAACCUAAUCAUCAUUUGAGAAAGUUUGUAUAUGAGAACGAACACCUAAAAUUUGUCGGAGCGAUUGAUUUAAAUAGAUCAGAUAAUCCUGAGGAUUACACGAAGUUGUUAUACAUGUCUCAAGAUGGUUCUGUUGCUGCUAUUGCAUCAUCCGUGGUGCCAACUAUCAUUCGCAUUGUAAAUCCUACGAACUUGAGGGAGACAUAUGAGGUUGAAACUGGUAACGAUGUGAAGGACUUGCAUUUUUCGUCAGACGGAAAGGUGUUGGCGUAUAUCACUUCAUCGACUUUGGAGGUUAUUUCUAUUGUCACAGGGAACUUCAUAGUAAGAAAGACGGAUUUUGACAGUAAUUUGAGUCUAUCCAAGAUUCGUUUUGUUCGGGAUAACACGAUUUUGAUUGCUGCAUCGCUAAAGAAUGGGAAUGGUGUUGUUCUGAUUAAAAUUAGCUUGAAGAAAGGAACAACUUCCAUUCUUAAGACUAAGGUUGUUGUUAAAAAGUUUAAAAGUGUUACAUCCAUGGAUGUAGAUCCUAAAGCUGAGUUAGUGGCUCUAGCAGGUAGUGAUAACUCAAUUGCUAUAAUAAAGUUAAAGGACUUUUCUAUUGGAACUUACUUUAAACAAAUUCACACAUUUGCGGUGACACGAGUUGCCUUCUCACCUGACAGUAAGCUACUUGUGAGUGUUUCUGCAGCUAACACUGUUCACGUUGUGCAAUUCCCCGAUGACUACGCUACAAAUUCCUCUAUGUUUGAGAAGCUGUGCAAGCUUUUCUUGAACUUCAUGUUGAUCGUCGUUCUGGCAGUUUUAGCACAGUUAUGUUACAAGCACGGCUUAUAUUUAAAAAGCUAUCGAUUUUUACAAAAGAGACUGUUGGGUAAGGACAAUGAUCCAGAUGCGUCAUUUUUUAAUGAUAUAUUCCAGCCGAGAACAACCUUAGUUGGUGAUGUUGUAUCUGAGGUUACUGAUACUAAAUUGGUUGACACAGAAGGCACCACAGCGAACACAGAAAAUUGGUUAAGUAGUUUGGAUAAAGAUACAACAAUUACUUCCAGCUCAACGGAGGAAUUUCACCUCACCGAUGUUGAUGCUUUUGACAGCGGUAACAUACAGAAUUCACAUGAUGAAGGGCAAAGUUUUGAUACCAUCUCGAAAUUAUCAGACGAACGGGAUUGGUCAAGCCCUGGCAAUAGACCUUCCAUGGAAUACCAAACCGAUUUAGAAAACUUAGACAAUUGGGAGACCCCUAUUGUCACUGAGCUCGAGUCAGAUUGGGCGCUAGAUUUAGGAUCAAAUUUAACUACAAUUUCAGAAGAAGCUUUUAGCGAGUUUGUUGAUGCUAGAGAUUAUGUACCUGAGGUAAUUAAUGCAUCAGGUAUAUUAACCUCUACCUUUAGUUCUGAUGCAUGGGAUAUAAAAUCCACUGAUGAGUUAGAUGGAUAUACUUCUGAGCUGAGCACUACUGCUUUAAUGGUUGUGGUAGAUGAUACUAUUGAAAAGCGCACAUCAUCUGAAGAUUCCAGGAGAUCAACUACUGGUAAUCCUGCUGUAGGUGCUAACGAUCAGGCAGUUCCAGUCUCACUUCCUCCAGCAGAGACAUUUGCAAAUACAAAAAAAGAUCUACUUACUGACAAUGCUAUUUCCGAAUUGUUGUUGAAGGGGACCGAAGAAUCUACCGACAUAGCUAGUGAAACUUUGGAACUCGCAGCUAAAGUAUUUGAUGGAAAGUCGAAGAUUGAUGAAAGUGAGACUCCUUCAAGAGUUACGAGAGAAGUUACCAUAUUUCAAAGAACGCCCUCAAAUAUGAUUGAAGAACACACGACUACUGAGUCUUUGAAUCUUGAAUCCCCUAUUGUCUCACUAAAGACAUCCAGCUUUAGCUCUGUAGAUGAUGAAAUUGAUGAAUAUUUGCUUGAAAUUUCUGAUGAUGCUCCUGCUUCUCCGUCAUCUGUAUCUGAUUCAGACAACGACCUCCAUUCUGAUGCUGCAGAAGUUAACCAAGUCUUGGUUUCAAUACCCAGCGUUUCUAUUAAUUCUAACACCGAAUAUCCGGAUGAUACUGCUUCUACGGCGUUGGUUGAAGAAUUACUAGAGGAUAUUUUUCCAGAACCUACAGCUGGAAAUUCAAUAAAGGAUGAUGAUGCGAGUGAUAAACUUAGCAUAGAUGUAGUUACUGUUACAAGUUUUGCGGAUAAUUUGGAAACUUCUGAAGCACUAGAUACUAAUAAAUGCCCAACCAAGGACUCAAGCAAGCUGGUUUUACCUGAUAUUGAAGAGGACGAAGAAAUAUUGCAUACCGUAAAGCACUCUGAAAAUACACCAGACAAGCAAAAUGAGGUGGAAACAAAUGAAAUGAUAAUUGAUGAUGUAAGGGGCGAACUGGAGUUUUGGGAUGAAGUUAAUGAAGACGAGACUUAUUUGAUAACUGAAGAUAAGCUCAAUGAGGAGGAAAGUUCGGAUGAUACAAUUGAUCGUUAUUCAACAAAAACUGAUUUUAUUGCAGAAUUUAAAAAUGCUGAAGUUCUAUCAACCCCUAAGAUUACAUCACAAUGCGAGAUUACAACAGAAAUAUCGGAUAAUGAAGUUAAAACUCAUCUUGAGGUAGUUACCGUACGAGAAAUCAUUAAAGAAACAGUUUUUGUUACUAAAGCAUAG